UUUCAGUCGUAAACGGUGCAGUAAACGAUGGCGAGGCAUCCGCCGCCGACGUCGAUUCUGGACAUGGCGCCAUACGGCAGUGACAAUGAUGACGAUGAUGGCGAAGGGUCGCUCGAAGAGCCAAUGCGGAUCCGAACGUACGAAGAAGAGCUCGCCCUUGAGACUCGCGCCAGGCAAGCGGUCAAACCAAAGAAAGCAAAACCCAAGGCCUCUCCAAGCCCAAAACAACGUCGCGAGCCCUCGCACCGAGUAGCGCCACACGCCGAACCCACCAACGCUUGUGCGGAGAAGGAUCUCGAGAUUGAAGAGACCAUGUUGGCUUCUUCACAGUUCGAGUCCCCGGAGGAUGCAAGAAGCCACGACGAUGACGACCUGAUGGAACGACCACGAACCGCUUUUGAGCCAUUUCCAACCGAGCAUGAGUCGUCAACGAUGAGCCAGGAGAACUGCACUUUGUCUCUUGAGCCAGAACAGCAGUUACCCACGGCCACCGAGCCUGCACCUCUUCAGGCGACUCUAAGCGACGACCACGAUGAUGGCGCCGCCAUCACUUUCGAGAGCAACCCACCAAGUGAUCAUUCCCCAUCGACCCGCGACGCCGAAACGACAACUCAACAGGAAGAGCCAAAACUAGAAGAGCCACGACUAGAAGAGCCAAGAGGUCACACCGAUGUACCGCCAAUCAAUGUGACGACAAGCAGCGCAGACAACGAAAUUGCAUCGACAGAACUGUCGUGCGUGAACGGUCCAGGACCCACCUCUGUUCAAGACGAGCCACCGGUUACACAAGCACCUCCGCGCCGGGUGCACGCUAUUGUGAAAAAGCCUAUUGUAUAUUACCAAGUGCCACCGCCAACGCCCAAUAGCGCUAUCGUGGGCGCUAUUACCAGCGUUGAUUCGGUACCGAAAGUGGUGCCCGCCCCCCGGCACCAAGAUUCUACAAGCCCACCGUCUGCGGAACCAGUACUAGCCGCAUCUCGGAACGAGCCAGAGCUCACGGGAAGUUCGAUGCUGGUGCCGCCAGUAGCCGUGUUCACAACGACGCUGCUCGACGAUUUAGAGCACUACGACAUGGAGAUUGAGAAGGUGGUCAAGGAGAUCGAAGAGCUCACUCUUCUUCAGCGCCAGCGCCAAGCGAAUAAGCCGCCACCCGUGGUAAAUGACGUCACGAGCUAUGUGCAGCUGCACCAAACCUCUCCAACGACGUCGACACCGCGCUCAAGCCCGAAAAAAGCCGGACACUCAAGUCCACGAAGAGAGAGCCCGCGCAAGCUCGCCCCUCUACCCGAGAGCAAAGACCCGUUGGACGAAGGAGACAAGAAACCCGAAGCGUUAUCCCCUAGCUACGCUCGACCAACUCGAUCGCGCGUUUCCCACCUUGACGCACCCCCCGAAAGCCCCCGCAAGCUGCGAGCCGCUGUCAAGCCCACGGCCCGAAUACAAGCACCGCGACAGCGCAAGCCAGCGAAUGCCGACGACAAGGCGUCCGAAGGCCGAAAGGAAGCGUCGACCAAACCGGACAAGACACUGCCGCCGCUCGAGCCCAAGGACGCCGCGAGACAGAACCCGCUGGGUGUCCCCGCGCACAUUCUGGAAGACGGUGGCGUCUACCCGUGGAGCAAGCUCAUGCAGCAAGUGAUCGUGCCCCAGGGCACCGAUUCGCCGGUGGUCUACGUGCCGAUAUUUAACCCAGCGUACAUUGCCGAGCUCAAGAAAACGUCGCCCGCCAAACCGUCCUCGAUCCAACCGUCACCCACCAAACCGGUUCGCCACGGGCGACGCACCAACGUCAAGCCAAAUUGAAUCAAACGCAUUAGAAUAGAGUUAAGAUAGCGGAACACGAUCAAUGAACGACCA